CAGUGGCGGCUGCCGGCUGCAGGAUGCGGCUGGCGAAGGGGCUGGGGUUGGUCCGCGGGGCCCGGCCCCUCCUGGGCACCUUCCUGCGCCCCCGGGCAGCUGUGGCGGCGGCCCCGGCCCGCUCCCAGGCGCUGGUCUAUGAGCAGCACGGGGAGCCGGCCCGGGUUCUACAACUAAAGGAUCUAGAGCGAGCUGAGCUAGGCCAUUCUGGGGUUCACGUGAAGAUGCUGGCAGCCCCUAUCAAUCCAGCAGACAUCAACAUGAUCCAAGGAACUUAUCCCCUCCUCCCCGACUUGCCUGCAGUAGGAGGGAAUGAAGGUGUUGGACAAGUGGUGGAAGUUGGCAGUCAUGUGACUUCUCUGAAGCCUGGGGAUUGGGUUAUCCCAGCAGAUGCAGAACUUGGAACGUGGCGGACGGAUGCAGUGUUCAGCGAGGAAACCCUGGUGAAACUCCCACGCGACAUCCCUUUGCUGUGUGCUGCCACCUUGAGCGUCAACCCCUGCACAGCCUAUCGGAUGCUGGCUGAUUUUGAGACCUUGGGGCCAGGUGAUUCCAUCAUCCAGAAUGCAGCCAACAGUGGCGUGGGACAGGCAGUUAUUCAGAUUGCAGCAGCUUUAGGCAUCAAAACAAUCAAUGUGAUCCGAGAUAGACCCAAUCUCCAAGAGGUGGUAGACAGACUGACAUCCCUUGGUGCAGACCAUGUCAUCACAGAAGAGAUGCUGAGAAAGCCAGAGAUGAAAGACUUAUUUAAGAAAGUCCCAAAGCCCCGGUUAGCUUUGAAUUGCGUUGGAGGGAAAAGUACUACUGAGAUGCUGCGCCACAUACAACAGAAAGGGACCAUGGUUACAUAUGGCGGGAUGGCAAAGCAGCCUUUGACUGUCCCUGUGAGUGCAUUCAUCUUUAAGGAUGUGAAGCUGCGUGGGUUUUGGAUGACCCAGUGGAAGAAAGACCAAACCCAGAGCUGAGGCACAGAGGUGGAGUGAUUGGUUCAACGCCACAGAAGAAGUCAUUGUCAGAACAAGAAUUAGCACUCGAGUACUUGGCUUCCUGUCCAACCUGGACAACAAGAUAAUGCAUCUCUCAUCCCAGUUCUUAGGGAGGCCCUAGAAACACAGAGCACAGAACACAUCCUGCAGAAUCUCCAGUUUUUAGUUUGGCAUAAGCCCUCCUGGGGAAAUACUGGCAAAGCAGCCCUCAAACUCAGCGUCUGAAGAGCAGAUAAAUCUUCUGCGAGCUGGGUUUCUAGACAUCAAAAAGCACAAGUGGGUGAAGGCUGGUGACAAGUUUUGACCCGGAGAGUUUCCUUCGUUAAUCCAGAGAAACACAAGCUGUAUCAUUCCCCUGCCGUGCCCCUGAGCUACAGCCCAUGUGUAACCCACAGAAUCUGUGAUCAGCCCUCGGCCUCAGCACCUGUUAGUGCAUUUGGCCAGGAAACCGCAACAAACUACAAUGUUGAGUUUAAACAGUUGUGACUGGUCCAGGCCCAUCUACUCAGCUCCACUCUGAUGUUGCUCAGCACUUGCAAUUUAAAAUAAGUCAGGCAUGAUGCAUUUAACGUGUUUCAGGCCCUUCCUGCUUUGAGGCUGUGUGGACUGGGCAGAAGCUACCUAGACACAGCCUUAAGCUCAAAGCAGCGUGUGCCAGAUGGUUGCUGACGAAGCUGCAGUGCAAGUGGCAGGUAACAUCUAGUGUAGUGAGCAGAGCAGGCCAUCAAACAGGACGCUAGCUACCUACCUGUAGCAUAACCCCGAAGGUCAGAAAGAUCAUAGGGGACUGUCUCCUCUCUCAACCGAACAAAUCAAUUGUCCAAUUUGGCAACACUGCAGUCAGUGCAAGGGAGUCUUAUGGGAUCGUCUGUCUUGUACCAGCCACAUAAACUGGGUGCAUUUCCCUCCAAAAUCAGUGAAUGCUGCUGCAUGUGUUGAACAGUGUGGAAGGAGUUGCUGAAGAAACUGAGAUCAUUUGCCCCUAUCCCGAGCUGCUGUCCCAGGGAGCUCAGCACCUGAACUCCACUCCCUUGUGUUGUGUUGCUAGGUGGUCAGGGCAGCCAAGACCAGCUCAUUUUUUUUGUUUGUUUUGUCAGUUGUCUCAUUUCUUCUGGGUGGCGUUGUGGGUCUUGUUCACCUCAGCUCUGGAAGGGGCAGGAUUAUUCUCUUUUGUCUUUUCC